GUAUCAUACCCUUGCGGCAUCAAAGAAAUUGCCCAUAUAUAAAAGCAAGAGGGUACAUCUCGACUCUUGUGUGUCUGUCCGAAGCAGGGAAUCGGAUUGUUCAAAUUCAAUAUGAAGUUGAAGAAACUCUUCCUGUCGCUUCUGGUUCUAGCUUUUCUGAUCAUAUCUCCUAAUACCAUAUCUCAACAGAAUGUAACAGCUCUGCCUCUCUACACCAAUUCCCGGUGGAUCGUCGACGAAACCGGGCAACGGGUGAAGCUGGCGUGUGUGAAUUGGGCAUCACACCUCGAGAGCAUGGUGGCGGAGGGCCUGAGCAAGCAACCGUUGGACGUGAUCUCCAAGCAGAUUGUAUCGAUGGGAUUUAACUGUGUUAGGCUCACCUGGCCAUUGUUCUUGGUAACUAAUAGUUCCUUGGCCUCAAUUACCGUCCGGCAGUCGUUCAAGAGCCUCGGCCUUAUCGAAACUAUCGCCGGCAUCGAAGUCAACAAUCCGUCUCUGGUUGACCUUCCACUAAUUCGAGCUUAUCAGGUCGUAGUGGCUAACCUUGCGGACAACAACUUGAUGGUGAUAUUAGACAACCAUAUUAGCAAAUCCGGUUGGUGUUGCAGCAGCGUUGAUGGCAAUGGCUUCUUUGGCGACAAAUACUUUGACCCAUCCCUCUGGAUUAAUGGGUUAACCCGGAUGGCCACCAUGUUUCGUGGCACAGCCAAUGUUGUCGGCAUGAGUUUGAGGAAUGAGCUCAGAGGAGCCAGGCAGAGCGUGAAUGAUUGGUACAGGUAUAUGCAAAAGGGAGCUGAAGCAGUGCACUUAGCAAACCCUAAUGUUCUCGUUAUAUUCUCAGGGUUAAAUUAUGACAAAGAUUUCACUUUUCUGGUUAAUCAACCAGUUAACCUAACAUUUACGGGGAAACUAGUGUUUGAGCUUCACUGGUACGGGUUCUCGGAUGGGAAGGCUUGGGAGACAGGCAACCCUAACCAAGUUUGUGCAACUGUAGUAGAUAACUUUAUGAGAAAAGGGGGGUUUGUGUUGGACCAAGGGUGGCCACUGUUUCUCAGUGAGUUUGGUGUGGAUCAGAGGGGUACUAACAUAAAUGACAAUAGAUUCUUGAAUUGCUUCUUUGGUGUUGCGGCUGAACUGGAUUUUGAUUGGGCCUUGUGGACACUAGCAGGGAGUUAUUACUUGAGAGAAGGGAAGAUAGGGAUGGAUGAGACUUAUGGUGUUUUGAGUUGGAACUGGUGUAAGACCCGUAACUCAAGCUUUAUGGAGAGGAUCUCCGUACUCCAAUCUCCCUUCCAAGGCCCAGGUCUUUCAGACGUGAGGCCAUACAAAGUGAUUUUCCAUCCAUCAACUGGCCUUUGUGUCCUAAGGAAGUCUCUAUUUGAGCCAUUAAAGCUUGGACCAUGUACUGAAUCUGAAGCCUGGAGUUAUACACCACCGAAAAACUUAUUGUUGAAGGGUACAUACUUCUGCAUACAAGCUGAUGAGUUGGGCAAGCCAGUCAAACUUGGAAUCUUCUGCAGCGAUCCUAGUUCGAAAUGGGAUAUGAUAUCAGACUCGAAGAUGCACCUUUCAUCCACCCUUAGCGAUGGAAGCACCGUGUGCUUAGAUGUCGACUCUACCAAUACCAUUAUCACUACUCCAUGCAAAUGCGUAAGCAGAGAUGACAAGUGUGAUCCUGCGAGUCAAUGGUUCAAAAUCGUUACUAGCACAAGAUGUCCAAUGGCUACAAAAUUCUCAUUGUGGACCAUGAUGAGUCCUCUUCUGAAUUCGAUUAUGUGAGAAGAAUUUCAACUGGAGAGAACAUUCAUGGCUGGGGAAGCAGUACUCUGUAUAUGGCAACUCAUACCUGCAACUGAAGGCUUCCAUAGAUAUGUAACGAUAAAGGAAAAGAAAAGAUGUUUUUAGCUUUUCUUCUCCUUCUUAUUGACAGUCUGAAUAUUACAAUAUAAUUAAAACAUUAUUUAGACCAUGGAAAGCUUAUACAAAA